AUUUUGACGGGACUGUGGGAGGCAGAAAUGGAUAGAAACAAUGAAUUUUCCACAGAAAUCAUUGAUCAGGCUACAUCUCAUAAACUAAGGACUUGUUGAGAUAUAGGAGCUUGGGAAGAUGCUUAAACAAUGCUAAGUUCUUUGUCUCGUGGAUGGGGGUCGUGGAAUGGAGACUACAUCCACAGUUUAGCAGCAGGGGAAAACCAUGGAAGGCCAAGGAAGUGUAAAUCUGCACUGCCGCGGCUGGGUGGAGGAGAAGAGCCUGUGCAUCGUCAUGGCGUCACUGUGUCAAGCCGGGUCAAGUCUGCCUCUAGCUCAUUUAGAACCUCUAUCCCUGAUGGCAGUAUCGCCCUGCCCAAAACCUACCUGACCCGUAAAGGAGCAUUGUUGCUGUUUAGUUCUCCUGAGGAGGAAGAGUAUAAUCCCCUGAGGGGGUUUUCACAACAGUACCAGCCCAGGGGGAUAAACAAGGAUAACCUGAUAGAUCUCAGCCUUAACAUAGGCACUUUGCAACGCUUGACGAGCUCAGUGCUACAAUAUGGGGACAAGAGUUUUGACCCGGCCACGUCUAGCCUGAGUGACUUUGAGAACAAGCUGUUUUUGAAAUUCCUGAAGACCUUACCUGAUAAGGGAUCUGACCAAGAAACUCAGCCUGGAGGAGACCUCUCUUUUUACCUUGAGAGACUGAAGAACACCUCACAUAUUGACAGAUAUUCACGACUGAACACCCCAGACGUCCAGGAGUUGAAGUCUGCCCUUGAGGCACUGGACAGAUCCCGCUCUUCGACACCCGUACAUGGAGAUGGAGAGUUCCUCAAGGGGAGGUCAUCCAGGCCUGGCACUGCACCUCAUCUUCACAAACGUCAUGGAUCUGCAAGGUCUGUGUCCAGCUCUGUCAGUAGGAAUGGAGUACUGUCCUCAGACAAACUCGCCUCCUCUCUCAAGAGUGCAAACUUCAUCGACCGGACAAAGACAGUCUCACCACCAGCAAAAACUAGGUAUGCUUGGACAACAGACAAUGGCACCAGUUUAGUGGAUGGAACCACUUCAGCGAACGGAGGCACUGCAGCAUUUGUCGGAAAGAGUAGCACUAAAGAAUUACCAAGAAGCAACAAGGGUACUCUUAUUCCAAGUGGCCAAGAUGAGGUGGACAAUGCCCAGGGGGAGAUAACUCGAGAAGCAUCCAUUCCGGACUCAAAUUCUGUUGAUAAAAAAAUUAUUUCAGAUGAAAAAAAUUUAAGAACUAAUGCAGUGGAAACUGCAGGGAAUUUUCAAGGAAGUCCAGCUGUGGCUCAAGAGUUAUCCCCCCUUAUUGAAUCCUCAGAUGCUUUGAUUGUUGUGCAUGAGAAAUCCCCUUCCCCGCACAAGCAUGUCCCAGCCAAUGCUUUACCAAACACAGAUUUCCACAAUCCCCCGCUGCUUGAGAUUUUGACCACAUUCGAUGAAGGAAGUGAAAAUGACAGAAGAGUUUCGAUUUCUGAGGAGCUUGAUGAAAGUAGUGUUACAUUUGCUGCUUCUGAAAAGGAAGAAGAUAUACCGCUACUGCAAGAAAUAGGUGACCAAGCUGCUGACAGGAGUGGGACAGAGGUCAAAGGUGAAGAUCAAGUGAGGGAGGACCGGCCCUUAUCCAGGAUUUCUUCUACACACACUUCUCUUCAAGAUGAAGAUGAAGAGAUCUUGGAAUCUCUUAAAAACUGUGGAGAGUCUGCUGGUGAAGCCAGGCCUGUUUCAUCAGGUGUGAUAUCUGCGAGAAGACCAGGAUCUCGGGUGAAUCUUAAAAACAGUCUACACACACCACUACUUCCUCCUGCUUCACCUAUAGAAAGACCUGCCCCAGCCAGCAGUCCUGUAGGGUUUUUCCAGACUAUAGAGAAAGAUGAGAUCUUGGAGCAGUCGGAGAAUGAGACAUCGGGGAUACAUGCACCUGUAGAAUCCUGCUCUCUGGACGAUGACCAGGCAUGGCCAGAUAACCCUGAUGUCAAAAGUUCCACUCCCACAAACUUUGAGCUCCUUGCCAAGUCUGCCACCGAAGAGACGCCUGUUACUGCUGAAGAGAGUAAAUUAGUACUGCCCACAUCAACAACAACAGGAGUAUCUGUGGCAACAGAGGCUUCUAAAGACAACAGGGAAGCAGUUGCUAAGGAGGCUACCUCUGAUCCUGCUGCCCCUCCGGACAUGAAGCUAGUGGUGGAUAUCCCCCGUCCAGGCACUACAGAGAAUGUGACUGGUCAAGUGACCCCUGACCCUGGACAGAGGUCAGGGGUUGACGGAAAUGUGACAUCUCCUACACCCUCUAAUGGCACUGAUUGUAAGGAGCAGACUUUACCAGAUUACUUCUCUGACAGAGCGUCCAUCACCAGUGAGAAGUACAGCUCUGGUAUGCACAUCUCCCAGUGCCAGCAGCCAAGUACAGGGGAGGGACAUAAGGAGAAACAUGAGUCUCCGAUUCAAGAUGAAACAGGAAAACUGACCAAAGAGUCAGUGAUUAAGGACACGCCUUUUACAUCAAAGUCCUCAUUACACGCAAUACGGAUGAGGUCAUCUUCUCCUACAUUCACCCCACCCUUACCGUCACCCUCAAGUGGAGCAGAUAAGACUCAAGGCACACCCACACCUAUCACACCAAGACCUCCCUCUGGGUCCCCACCAGCCAAGACACGACCCUUCAGAAAAACCAGCCCUAAGACUCAACCUGAUAUCAUCCCUCCUUCCUCCCCGGACACACUGGUAAGAAACCUCAAGUCCCAGACAGAGAUCCUGAAGGACACACAUGUCAGCGUAGUCAGACCCGUGCAGUCUGAAGCCAAACCUCGCGUCAAAAACCCAUCAGCCUCAUCCAAACGUGGUAAAAAAUCAAAGUCAAGCAGGACAAAGAAGUUAGCGGAGAUAGAAGCUGAGAUGUUUGAGGCAGAAGAGAAAGAAAUAGCCAAAAGGAAACUGGAGAUAAAGGUAAAAAAGUUAGAACAGCAGAUUAUUGCCAAAGAGAUUCUGAGACGAGAACAGAUGGCUGAGGCUGAGAAACUGAGACAGGAGUACCAGCUUCAGCUUGAAGCCAUCGAGCGAGAGGCAGAGGAAUUGAGACAAGCUGAGGAGGAUGCCAAGGUCACCAUGGAGAUGACCCGAAGGUCGCAACGGGAAGAUCGGGAACAGAAACGCAAAGAUGAGUUGGAGCGCAAGAAGCAGCUAGCAAUACAGAACAGGGAGCGUGAGAAGAAGAUGAUGGAGUCUGCUCGUCAGAAGGAGCAGGAGAUGUUGGCGAGCAUUGGAGAUGAUGAGAUGAGGACCAGUUUGAUUGAUGAGAUGGAGAGGAAGAGAGAUGAGGAGGAACGACUGGCCCUUGAGAGGUUUGAGGAGGAGAUGAGAGAAGCUCAGCAAUUGGCUGAAGAACAAGAGGAAAGAAUGAGAGAGUUAGAGAGACAGGCUGAAGAGGAAGCAAUGCAAAGACUUGUGGAGGAACAAGAGGAGUUAGAGAAGAAGCGAAAAUCACUACUGAUGGAGACUCAAAAGUUAGAUGAAGAGGAUGAAAAACUGAAAAAAGAAAUGGAAGAGGAGCAACAGUUAUUAGAAGAAGAAAGACAUAAAAUGGAGAUGGAGGAAGCAGCCAGAUUGGAGCAAGAAGCUGAGAGAUUGAGAGAGAUGCAACAGAAGGAACGGGAGCAGAUGGAGAGGAUAAGAAGAGAGGCGGAUCAGAGGAAACUUGAGCAGGCCAAAAGGCGGCACAAAAACUAUGAGAUGAGAAUGAAUCUGGAACAGAUUCGCUCCAGUCAGGGGAUUACCCGCCCUUACAUUUACAGCUACUUCAUCACAUGGCCAAGGGAUAUCUAUGAAAAGCCAAUGGGGGGAGAACCGACCAAGAAGAAACGGCCUGGUCUGAAAUCUAAGCCAAAGUCUGCAAACAAGAGUUAACCUGACCCAGGGGGAUAUGAUACAAACACACAUGACAGCAAUAUAAUUGUUCAUAAUGUGCAUUAACACUGAGCAAUGAAAAACUGACAUUAUUUUGACGUACUUUGUAAUAUGUGAUUACUGCUAACCUAAUUCUUCUAAAAUUUGGGACAGAUAUUAGUAGUGUUGAAAGUAGAAUAUUACAUUUCUUUACCAGUCUUUUGGAAAAGUAAAGAUGUGAGUACGUUGUUCAUUAGAUGGUCUAACCAUGUGAGAAAAAAGAAACUCAAUAUUCAUGCCAGAAUUACAUAUGUAUUGGCUAAAAUGAGCAGACCAGGUGUCCAAAAUUUUAGGAGAAAUAGGGUGGGUGACACUAUCUUCCUAUGUGAUAUGUAGGUGGAUCAGUUUUGUUUCACACCAUGAAGAUGUUUGUUAUUUUAUUUAUUUAUUCAUUUCAUUGGGGUUUAAUGCAGUACUCAGUUUCAUUUACUUAUAAAUAUACAGUGAUGGUCAGUGUUUUUGGUGGAGAAACCUGAAGUGCUAGCCUCUAAAUGGCUAGGUCACUGAAGUCAUGACUUCAGUGCUGUUCUCAGACACUAUUUGCCAAAGGUUGUUAAUUUGUUCCAGGCAAUUUGUUAGGUUAUUCCAGGCAAUGUUUUGGGUUAUUCCAAGCAGUUCGGUUUUCUCCAAGUGGAAAACUUGUCACCAUCUUAUUACAUUAAACAACAAUCAAAUAAAUGAAUAAAUAAAUAUUUAUGAGAAGAUAUAGUACCCAAGAUUUAUUGUUUUGUACAAAGUAUUGUUGUACAUGUAUACAGGCACUUCACAAAUUAAUGAAUGAUUAUGGCUUAAAGCCACAUCAGCAAUUUUCCAGCCAUAUCAUGGCGAGCUGUUCAUCAACUAGCAAUGCAUUCACAUGACAUAAUGUUGUCCGUUUUAUACCUAUUUUUUGGAUAGUGUAAUUUUGUGAUAUUUGAUGUUUGUGGGCAGUUUUUUUAGCAAUAUGCUUUUAUCUGCUAUGUUUACUGGGCAUAUAUAUUGCAUCUGUUUGCAAAAUGUGGAUAUUUCCUUGGUUUUUACAAAUACUUGUAAUUCUUAUUUUUCAGAAAUAAGUUUUUGUUUUUUCACAUGUGUAAAUGUAUUUUAACACUAGUAUUAAUGUUUUGUUUUGAAAUAAUUAUAAUUUAUUUAUACUGUUCUUUAAAAAUACAAAUGUGAACAACAAAAGACAAUGUGUGGAUAGAACCUGUGAAUCCAGUAAUCUUCCGUUAAGUAUGAAUAUAGAAUUUUUAAUUGCAUAAUUAUAUAAGUAUGGAUAAAAUUUGUCAGUUUAGUACUUUUUAAGGGUGGAUAAAACUACAAAAACGUUCAUCAGGUACUAUUUUGUUAAGUACGAAUAGAACUUGUAAAUCCAGUAAUACUCCAUCAGCAGUUUCUUGUGUAAAUUUCGUGGUUCACAUGCUUGAUGGAUGUGUUAGAUCUGGUAUUCUUACAAGUGCAGGCUCCAGCUGCUAAUUUGACUGCUAAUUUUUCAUUUCUGUAAGCUUUAGGCUCUUAUUAGAUCAUAGGACAUCCUGGUAAUGUUACGAUGUGGGACAAUUGGCUCAGAUUUUGAGCAGAUUUUUCGAAUGUUACAUGUUGGAAGUGUAUUUAUUCUAAUCUCUCUUUGAAAUAGUUUACAAACAUUUUACUUUGGCUGCACUGCAAACAAAUGUAAAAUAUUUAUUGUCUUGUUGUUUAGCACCAUAUUGAAGAAAUUUUCACAAGAAAUCUCUCAGAUCUAUUGACAUUCAUUCCUUCAUGGUGAAAGAUUUUGAGUAUUUUAUAUUCGGGGUAAUUGGCUUGUCAGACUUAUUCUACAAUGUUAAGCACUUUAUGUUUUUGUACACACUGGGUUUUAUAAAAUAUUUUGAUGUACUGUAUCUACAAUAUUCAUAUUUUACAUGUAACUGAUGUGUGAAAAAGAGCUUAAGGAUUGGAAUGAUGACUCUGUCAGGAUGCACAGCAGUCUGUGGGUUCGGUUGUUCCAUCGUCAUGGUGAUGUCCCUUUGUGCAGUGACCUCUUAUGGAAUGGUGGGACAAAUCAGUGCAUUAUAAUAUUGGCAUUUUAGUAAUGCAUAUUAUCCAUAUGACUUUCAUUUCCUAAAAUAUUAAUAUUUCAGGAUUUGGCAAGGUAAGUUGGGUAAUUCGAGCCAUCUUUAUGUGGAUAAUUUUCGUUAUUUUAUAGAUCUGUCCAUGUUAAAAAGCACAGAUGUGCCCCCGCACUGCCGUAAAGUGCUAAGGGGCAUCACCAUGAUUUUCUGAAUGCCGAAACUGAAGACUCUUGUAUAGGUGUUAGUUUACACAUACCUUAAUUCUUAUAAUUUCUUAAUGAUGAAACUGAAGACUCUUGUAUUGGUGUUAGUUUAAACCUACCUUAAUUCUUAUAAUUUUUAGGACAUAUAGUAGUAGUGCUGAAAGCCAAAAAAAUAAAAAUAUUUCUCUCCCAGUUUUAUGAAUAUAUAAAUAUAGAAUAAGACAUGAAUAUAUUGUUCGUCAGAUGGACUAACCAUGUGAAAAAAAAAGAAACUAAAUAUUCCUGCUACAAUUACAUGUUCAUUGGCUAAAAGGAGCAAACCAGGUGUCCCAAAAGUUAUAAGAAUUAGGGGUACAUGUAUUUGUCUAAAUUGAUUGUACACACAUCUACAAAGCUCUCUCUGUUUUCAUGUGGGGAGUGAGAUCUGCAGAACAACAUCUACCCCUUCUCAUCAAAGGUGACACGCAUAUGGAUCCAAGUGGCAUAAAAUGUGAUAAUAAAGUAGGUGUAUUGGC